AUGCUGGCCGAACAGACGCGCAGGCAGGACGUGCUGGCCGACCGCCUCUACCAGGCCUACUCCCAACUCUCCAGUCUGCCGGUGCCAAGUCUGCUGCGGCCGAUUUGUCAACUUUUGGGGUUACGUUGGCUGGGCAAGGGCGAUCAACGCCAGGCAGCACGCUUUCUGAGUCAGUCCGUUCCUCUGGCGGCAUCCAGUCUCUACGCCUCCAUCCUCUGCUCGAAAAUAAAGUAAGCUUGCGGAGGGGGAGGGGUGGAGGGGGAGAGGUGACGUCGUCUUGGGGCACGCGAGCGGCAAUUGGGUCGUGUUCGUGGCUGUCAUUGGCCAGGGGCGCAUUAAGGUCAUGUCAUUGUUCAACCAGUGAGCGAACGGAGACAGUGCCCGCACACGGUAGUGAUGACGAAGACGGUGCAUGUGUGUGCGUGUUGUUGUUUGCCCUCAAAACGGGCCACGUGGUAGAUGCGCUGGACCAACACGGGGGCCACAUCGGACCCUGGCAGGCGUUAUCUGUGAGCAAUAACAAAUGCCAACAUCUGAGGGGUGCGCUGGCAGAUCACGUUGUCGGCAGUCGUCGCACAACUGGACCGCUGUCAUCACCCCAUUGAUUUGUGGUAAAAUCCUGGUCAUUUGUAUGUGGACCAGGGGGUGCGGAGUGGAGCGCCAAGGUGAAGAUCCGUCCAAGCCAUCCACCUGCGACCUCCCACGUCUCCGGUAUUCUUGACUUGGUCUUGACACCGGGCUCAGGCGGGGGAGGAGGAGAGAGUGUAGGUAGAUGCUACGCAAGUCUACUGGCACUAUAAACCCCUGCGUAAGUCACCGUACCUGCUCCCACAAUGCAGUCUGUGGGGCACACGGUGGACAUCGACGAAAUCGACGGCCGAACUAUCGUAUGUGUGUGUGGGGUGUAGGGGUGUCCAGCGGUGGGAUCACGUGAUGGUCGUAGUGGUCGCUCACAUGCUCGCAGGUGAGACUACGCCCAGCGUACAUUUGCUGGCACCCAACUCUCACCUGUGGCUCCACGUAGUUGGGCUCUGCUCAGCGGCCACACCCCGGGCAACCGUCUCGACCGGCGGGCUAAACCAGGUGAGGGCGCUGUGCGCUUGUGCCGCGUGCACAGUGUACUGCGGACUCCGCUGGAUGGAUGGUCGGAUGAAACACUGCGCCGGCAUCGUCGAGACGAGGCUCUGCCUGGUACGCCUUUGGAAAACUGCUGCCGGGACGGGCCUCCGCAUCGCCCUCGCUGAGACGCGCCUGCCUUCGCCGACGGAGACCGCGGACUCAAGGCAUAUGCGGUCGUCCUCCACUACGAACAUAAAGGUCGUGGCCCCAUAG